AUGGGGUUCUCACAGGUCCUCUUUUGUCUGUUUGCAGUUCCGCGCCUAACGGGUGCCACUCCUUUCAACACGGGCAAUGUCAAGCGCCAGGCCUCGGAGCUUCUCGACAGCUACGACUUCAUCAUUGCUGGCGGCGGUACCAGUGGCUUGACCGUUGCAGAUCGGCUCACCGAGGCGUUCCCCGAUAGAAACGUUCUCGUCAUUGAGUAUGGCGAGGUCGAGUACGCCCCCGGUGUCUUCGACCCCCCCGUCAUUAGCUGGGGAACUGCCGGUGGUCUAGCAAGCGGUUGGCUGCUCAACUCCACUCCGAGUCCUGAGCUAAACAAUAACACGGCUCUCGUCAUGGCUGGCCAAGUCGUAGGCGGAAGCAGCGCUAUCAAUGGUAUGUUCUUUGACCGGGGUUCGCGGUUUGACUAUGAUAGUUGGGAUCGACUCCAGGGUGACCGGACGGGCUCGCGAGAGAAAGACACUGAUUGGAGCUGGGAUGGUGUUUACCCGUUUUUCAAAAAGAGUGUCACCUUCACACCGCCCCCUAAAGCAGUCGCCAAAAAGUACAACUACACCUGGGACACAUCCACGUUCGGUAACACCACGCCUAUCUAUGCCAGUCUCCCGCCAUUCCUCUGGGGAGACCACUACGUGUCCCGCCAAUCAUGGCAAGAGAUGGGAAUCCGGGUGGCCCGGGAGUGCGCUAACGGCGACAAGGAAGGUCUUUGCUGGAUCCCCAUCUCCGAACACCCCGUCACAGCAAGUCGCUCCUAUGCAGGCAUAGGCCAUUACUCGGAAGUGGUAGGGAAGAGACCCAACUAUCACCUCUUCGUCAAACAUCAGGUCGCUCGUGUGGUGUAUCCGAAAGGGAAUGCGAAGGAAGGACAGCCUGUGGUGGAAGUGCGACCCGUUGCCGGCGGUCCAUCAUUUACUAUCUCCGCGAAAAAGGAAGUCGUGCUCUCCGCUGGUGUGUUUGGAACCCCAGCGAUACUGCAGCGAAGCGGGAUCGGGCCCCCUGCUUUCCUCCAAAGCGCGAACAUUCCCUUAGUCCUUGACCUGCCGGGUGUCGGUUCGAACCUGCAGGACCACUCAGGACCCCGAGUGCAAUGGAACUGCAAAUCACUUCCCUUCUAUCCGCUCCCAUCUGAAAUGCUCAACGAGACCUUUGCCGCGGAAGCAGCGGUGGCCUUCAAUCAAACGCCCGCCCAGGGCCCGUACACCCUAGCCAUGUCCAACAGCGCAAUCUGGGUGCCCCUUCCCAAUAUCACCGCCACUUACUCGACCAUCAUCGACUCGAUCCGCCGUCUCGCCAAUGCCACCCACCCCGCCUCUCUCCACCUGCCUCCCUCCUACAACUCCGAACCGACCCUCAUAGCAGGCUAUCGCGCCCAGCUCCUCGCUCUCGCCGACCUCCUCGCCAACCCACGCUCCCCUAGCCUCGAGAGUACCUUCGCAACAGGCACCUCGGCCGGCGCGGUGCUCCUGCACCCGCUCAGCCGCGGCACCGUCCGUCUCAACCUCACGAGCCCGUUCGACCCGCCCGUCCUGGACUACCGCUCGGCGUCGAACCCAAUUGACCUCUCCCUGCACCUGGCCCACACGCGCUACCUGCGCCGCAUGAUGCACACCGACACGUUCAAGGCACUCGGCGCGGUCGAGGUGCAGCCCGGGGAGACCGUCCAGACGGACGAGGAACUGGAGGCGUUUGUGCGGCGGAGCACGGUGCAGUCGUACAUGCACCCCUGCUGCACGGCGGCUAUGAUGCCGAGGGAGAAAGGUGGCGUCGUCGGGCCGGAUCUGAGGGUCCAUGGGGCGGGUAGGUUGAGGGUGGUGGAUAUGAGCGUGUUGCCUGUUUUGCCGGGGGCCCAUCUUAGUGCGACGGCGUAUGCAGUGGGAGAGAAGGCUGCAGAUAUCAUCAUAAACCAAUGGUCUAAGAGAAAGGACGGUUAA